AUGGAAGGAAAAAAUAAUCUACCUUGGGUUGAGAAGUACAGACCUCAACGUUUGGAUGAAAUAUUGGGGAAUGAAGAAGUAGUGAAUCGUUUGAAAGUUCUUGCUCAAAGUGGAAAUGUCCCAAAUAUUGUUAUCUCCGGCCCUCCUGGUUGUGGUAAGACAACAUCCAUUUGGGCUUUAGCUCGAGAGCUGUUAGAGAAGCAAGUAAGAGAAGGCUGCUUAGAAUUGAAUGCUUCUGAUGACAGAGGAAUUGAAGUCGUCAGAAAUCGUAUCAAAAAUUUUGCUCAAACCAAAGUUAGUUUGCCCCCUGGAAGACAAAAGAUCAUCAUUCUUGAUGAAGCGGACUCUAUGACUGAUGGAGCCCAACAGGCUCUGCGAAGAACAAUGGAAAAGUUCACCAAAACAACCAGAUUCGCCUUGGCUUGUAAUCAGUCAGAUAAGAUUAUUGAGCCAAUUCAAUCACGUUGUGCUAUAAUCCGCUACCAGAAGGUUACUGAUGCUCAAAUGAUUCUUCGAUUACGUGAUAUCUGCAGAAUGGAGACAGUUACAUACGAUGAUAAAGGCUUGGAAGCAAUUAUUUUCACUGCUCAGGGAGACAUGAGACAGGCCUUGAACAAUCUCCAGUGUACAGUAUCUGCCUACGGAUUCGUAAAUGAAGAGAAUGUUUUCAAAGUAUGUGACGAACCACACCCACAGAUUAUUAAAGACAUGCUCCAAAUGUGUGCCAAGGGAAAUUUCCGUCAGGCUUACCCCAUUAUCCAUGAUCUAUACAACAAGGGUUACUCACCCGACGACAUAGUUUCGAAUGUUUUCCGAGUGUGUAAAUCUUGUGAGCUUCCGGAAGAAAUCAAGAUGUGUUUUAUUAAAGAGAUCGCUUUGUGUCAUAUUCGAGUAAUAGAAGGCUUAUCCACACUCGUUCAACUCUCGGCCUUGGUUGCUAAGCUUUGCCAAGUGUCCUUGUUGUUGAGCAACUAA